AUGCGUUUCUCAACCGUGGUUUCGACGCUUGCAAUUGCAGGUGGGAUUGCAGAUGCUACUUUUCCUUCUGGAAGAAGCUUACAGCAUGUUGGAAAGAAGGAUAAGCAUGUGCAUAAAGCCAGACAGCCGAUUGCUAGGAAACCACAGCAAUAUGAGAAGAGGGAUGCUAAUAAGUUUCCUUAUUUGACCAAUUCUACUGCUAAAUUCAGUGUGAAUGGUACCGCAAUCCCAGAUGUCGAUUUCGACGCUGGUGAAUCAUAUGCUGGUUUAUUGCCAAUUUCGAAAGAUGCAGAUGAAUCUAGACAAUUGUAUUUUUGGUUCUACCCUUCAACAAAUGAAUUAGCUUCUGAUGAAAUUCUCAUCUGGCUCAAUGGAGGUCCCGGAUGUUCAUCCCUCGAAGGAAUUAUUCAAGAAAACGGACCGUGGAUCUGGCAAUACGGAACCUACAAACCUGUUCCAAACCCCUGGACUUGGGUCAACCUUACCAACGUUGUUUGGGUCGAACAACCCGUCGGCACUGGAUUUUCUCAGGGAGUUCCUACUGCUACUAGCGAGGAAGAUGUCGCGGCACAGUUCCUCGGAUUCUGGGAGAAUUUCGUCGAUACUUUCGCUUUGCAAGGGCGAAAGGUCUAUAUCACUGGUGAAUCUUAUGCCGGUUACUAUGUUCCGUAUAUUGCCGAUGCCAUGUUUAAUAAGAAUGAUACAUCUACUUAUUACAACCUCGAGGCAACCAUGAUUUACGACCCCUCCACCUCCUACAAUGCCAUCCAAGAACAAAUCCCUGCCGUCCAAUUCGUUGAUUACUGGGGUGGUCUUUUCCCCUUCAACGAUACUUUCAAAGAGCAAAUCCACAACGUAUCUGAUUCCUGCGGUUACACGGAUUUCCUCUCCAAAUACCUCACCUACCCACCUCCAGGACCCCUCCCGUCCAUCCUCCCCGGCACGAGCGAAGAUGGAAUUUCCACCACCGACGAAUGCGACGUCUUCGACCUAAUCUACAACGAAAUCUUCAGCCUCAACCCCUGCUGGGACAUCUACCAAGUCGCCACCACCUGUCCGCAACUCUGGGACGUUCUCGGAUUUCCCGGUUCCAACCCCUACCUCCCCGAAGGUGCCUCCAUCUACUUCAACCGCACCGAUGUACAAAAAGCCAUUAACGCCCCCACAAUGGAAUGGGAAUCCUGCUCCAACAUCGACGUCUUCGUAAACGGAACCGACAACUCUGACCCCUCCGGACUCUCUGUCCUCCCCUCCGUCAUCGAACGCUCAAAACGUACCAUCAUCGGUCACGGCGCCUUAGACAUGGUCCUCAUCGCCAACGGCACCCUACUCAUGAUCCAAAACAUGACCUGGAACGGCGCCCAAGGAUUCCAAAGUAAACCCACCGAGCCCUUCUACGUACCCUACCACGAAGACCUCUCCGCCUCCACACUUACCGGAUCCGGAAUCAUGGGAACCACACACACGGAGAGAAAUCUCACAUUUGUAUAUGUAGAUUUGAGCGGUCAUAUGGUUCCGCAAUAUGCGCCUAGUGCUUCGUAUCGCACGGUGGAGUAUCUGUUGGGAAGAAUCGAUAGUCUUUCUAGCACGGUGCCGUUUACCACGCAAGAAUACGUGGCGCAGAGUGAUGCGCCCAUGGGUAAUGGAACUGCGCCACCCAUUAAGAGACAUCUUGGGAGUAUGGAAUUUUAG